UCCCGUCGUCGGCAGCUUCCCGCCCCUCCGGCCCCUCCGGCCCCUCCGGCCUUAUAAAGCCGCUCACCUGCUCGCAGCGCCUCCUCACCGCAGACGCCACCCGCUGAAGACGAGAUGAAAGUCAAGAACAUGACCUUCAAGGAGGGGCAGGAGUUCAAGGUCCGCAUCAGGCCCCAGGACUCGUGCAGCUCCUUCGCCAUCAACAUCGGCCACGACUCGGAGAACGUGGCGAUGCACUUCAACGCUCGCUUCGACUGCCAAGGCGACACCAACACCAUCGUCUUCAACUCGCUGUCCGGGGGCAGCUGGGGCGACGAGCUCCGCGAGGGGAACUUCCCCUUUGUGCGCGGCGAGGAAUGCAAGUUCCACAUCAACUUCAACAACGAGCAGUUCUACAUCAAGCUGCCCGACGGCUCCAUGCUCAACUUCCCCAACCGGCUGGGAGACGUCAAGUACCAGUACUUCGACGUCAGCGGGGAGGCCAGGAUCGUCGGCAUCAAGAUCAAGUAGAAGCCCUCCACCGUGUGCCGCUUUACACCAAAGGUCCCACCACGCAGCCACGUGGUGCUGAGAUGAAAUGACCUGCAGGGGGCAGCGCGCCUCGCCAGUAAUAAAUGCUGUGAAGAAAAGAAAA